UCAUGUCACCACCGCGUCGCCUCAGUUCACGAAGUAGCAAAAAAGCUACCGCUGAUUUCGGAAAGCCGUUUAUUAAACCACCACGCGCACAAAAUACCAUUCCUGUUCAGUAUACUGAAACGAAACCGAAAGAUGCGUGGGCUACUCUCGUGCCCUCGGGUGAUACGUGUAAUAGCUUAAUACCUAUUUAUUUGACUGACAACACUCAUUACUUGGGAACUCAGCCAGAAGAUGGUGUUUUUAAGCUGACCCUAGAAUCGACGUGGUACACUGUGCUAUCUUUAAAUCAAGAUGGUGCUGUUCGGGUUUUAGACCGUGAUCUAAUGUCUAAACAAUAUGUUGAAUUAAAAGAUGGCGAUUAUAUACGAUUCCCUUCUUCAAAAGGUUAUUGGUAUAUUUAUAGAAUUGAGAUCGAUUUAAAGUCAAAGGUGAUGUUUCAUAGUGUAUACGACAUUAAAGGUGCUCUUGGAAAAGGUCACUUUGCUGAAGUAAUGUUGGCUACUCCAAAAAAUUCCAUCGCUGGUAAUGAAUCAAAAUUACAAGAAUAUGCCGUAAAAAUCAUUGAUAAAAGUAACGUGUCGAAAAAUUUUAACGAACAAAAGCUUCAUGACGAAAUUAUAAUAAUGUACAAGAUUUCUCAUCCAUCUUUAGUACGCAUAUAUAACUUAUAUAAUGAGAAUGAUAAAUUAUAUCUCGUUAUGGAAUAUGUUAAAGAUGGUGAAUUCUUUGAUUUUAUAUCACAAAGAAAGAAAUUAUCUGAAUAUGAAACCCGCAUUGUUUUUAAACAAUUGUUCGAAGCGAUAAAAUAUCUACAUGGUCAUCGUAUUGCUCAUCGAGAUCUUAAACCUGAAAAUAUUCUCAUGUCAAGUGCUGCAAAACUCGAAGUUAAAAUUUCGGAUUUUGGUUUAUCUAAACUACUUGGCCCUGAACAUUCAUUAAUGAAAACUCUAUGUGGAACUCGUCUUUACGUUGCUCCUGAAAUCAUCGCUCGAACACCUAAUCGCAGUUAUGGAAGAGCUGUUGAUAUGUGGAGUCUUGGUGUUAUUCUAUACGUCUGUCUUUGUGGAAAUUUACCAUUCGCUGAUGAAUUGGGCCCUCCAAGUCUCCUUGAUCAGAUUAGAUUAGGAAAAUAUAAAUUCCAUUCCCCUGCAUGGGACGAUAUUAGUGUUGAUGCAAAGAAUUUGAUUAAAGGUUUAUUAACUGUUAAUGUAAAAGAUCGGUUAACAGUUUCACAAGCUUUGGCACAUCCGUUCAUGCAGACAUUACCUUUACCUCAACCUAUUUCAAAUGCGCCAAUUUUGGCUCACGGGAAUGAAAACAUCCCUCAAGAUAAAAAAUGUACAAAAAGUUGUACAGAAAAAAUUUUGUCUAAACUUACGGUUUCUAGUAAUGCAGAUUUUGCUGAUGAUGAGGCAUCAUUCGUUACUGCAGGCAUAAUUGAAUUAUCAAGCUCUUCCUCGCAAUCAUCUGGCUCCGAAAUUCAAUAUCUUUGUUGUGAAGCUUCUUAUUUUUCAGAAAUUUAA